UGUCUUAUGUCCCCACCUUUCGGGUGGGGCCGUGGGACUGUCCCUAAGCAUCAAACUGCCGACUCAGAACUGGUGCGGACAAGGGGAAUCCGACUGUUUAAUUAAAACAAAGCAUUGCGAUGGUCCCAACGGAUGUWGACGCAAUGUGAUUUCUGCCCAGUGCUCUGAAUGUCAAAGUGAAGAGAUUCAACCAAGCGCGGGUAAACGGYGGGAGUAACUAUGACUCUCUUAAGGUAGCCAAAUGCCUCGUCAUCUAAUUAGUGACGCGCAUGAAUGGAUUAACGAGAUUCCCACUGUCCCUAUCUACCAUCCUGCGAAACCACAGCCAAGGGAACGGGCUUGGAAGAAUCGGCGGGGAAAUAAGACCCUGUUGAGCUUGACUCUAGUUCGACUCUGUGAAAUGACUUGAGAGGUGUAGAAUAAGUGGGAGCCUUACGGBGCAAGUGAAAUACCACUACUUUUAACGUUAUUUUACUUAUUUCGUGAGGUGGAGCCGGGGCUCUGCCCCUGCUUCUCGAUCCAAGGUGCAGGCCCUCGGUUUGUCCCUCGAAGGCAGAUCCUCGUGAAUGUCCUUCUGGUGCGCCAAAUCAUGGAACGGGCUCAGGACCCCCAAUCACCUCUAGCCAUGCUUUUCCUGGAUUUUGAAAAAGCCUAUGAUAGGGUGAGGUGGCCCUUUCUCUUACAAGGAAUGAGGUGUAAAGGCUUUGGGGAAGAAUUUGUUAAAGCUGUUGAGGGAGUAUUGGGGAUGGCGGGGGCAAGGGUGCAGAUUAAUGGCUUUUUGACGCCUUCACUAAGGGUCAUGCGCUCUGUGAGACAAGGAUGCCCUCUCUCCCCUGCGUUGUACAUAUUGUAUGUGGAGCACUUGCACGAAAUGAUUCGUGCGGAUGCUCGGAUUGCGGGCUACGAAUUGCCUGGAGGAGGCCAGGUCAAGUCUAAUGCAUUUGCUGACGAUACUGCAGCGGUAUCACAGGUAACACAACAGAGCAUUUCAACCUUGCGAAGUGAGGUAGCCAUGUUUGAGAAGUAUGCAGGUGCAAGGAUCAAUUGGGAGAAGUCGGUGGCAGUGGUCCCAGAAGGGACAGAUGGGGGAAUUUUUGAAGGGAUGAGCGCGCAAUUGGCUGAAGACCAAUUCUUGUACCUCAGGAUUUUGGUUCCUGCGGCACUUUCUUCAGGGCAGCAACUAGAAGAUAUGUUGCACAAGGCAAUGGUGCGUAUGGUGGCCUGGGCAAAGAAGGCCUCACAUGGGGUUUUUGGAAAAGUACUCAUCGCUAACAACGCUGUGUUUGCAAUGCUGUGGUAUGCAGGAGCGGUUUCGGACCCGUCGAAAAGGGCCUGGAAGGGCUAUAAGCGAGCAUUAAGGAAGUUUCUAUGGAAAGACGACCCCUGCGCUCCACAACUCAUUUAUAGGGUGCGGUGGGAGAAGUUGGUGCAGCCUAGGUCGGCUGGGGGAUUGGGAUUGUUGGACCCCCGCAUCCAGGUUUCUGCGCUACAGAUGCGAACGGUGUUGUGGCUUCUUUUGGAAGAGGAUACGGAGCCCUGGAAACUGGUCACUUUGCGAAAAAUGGCAGAUGCUAUCCGAGUCCAUCCGGCAGAUGUUGAGACUGUUCUUCUUCAUCCUCAACUCCUUCGAGGACUUCGCCGGGGGGCGCUAUGAUACCGCGCACUGCCACUCGGGCGUAGGAACGGCCCGGAGAAAAGGGGGUCUCCCAGGAUCGAAGGUCCAGAGGCGCAAAAAUCAGAGGCUAUCCUACCAAAGGAUUACGCUACCCCCGAGGGCUGGGACAUACCUACUUGGAAUGACAAUGACAACCUGAGUUUUCUGGGUGCCAUUGUCAUUCCCGAUGAGGGAGGCACCUGUCAAAUGGAAUCCUUGGCGAUUGCAGCGAUCACUCGGCUAGGGCGCUGGGCUAAAAGGGCGCACCUGGGGGCCUACGGAAAGUCACUGGUCCUCAACAAUUCGGUGAUGUCUACCCUGUGGUAUGCUGGAGCCACCCAUCUGCCGAAACGCCGUACUUUCCAACGCCUGCGAACUGCAUCUCAGAGGUACUUGUGGUCGGGGAACGUGGAGGCAACAGACUCCAUCCCAAGAGUGGCGUGGAAGAAACUGAUUCAGCCCAGAGUGGAGGGUGGACUGGGCAUUAUCGACCCGGAAUUGCAAAUCAAGGCCCUGCAACUCAGAAGUCUGCUCUGGAUUCUGCUGGGAAUCAUGGGAAGUGCCUGGGAACCCCUAUCCCACCAACACAUUGCUGCGGCGGCAGGAAUCCCUGUGGAGAUGGUCAUCCUCGCCUUGGCAUGCCCGGCUAGCAUCAAACACGUGAAACGCAGCCAUGUCUGGUCCACUAUGCUUACAUGUUGGAAGGAGAUCCAGCCUGAGCAAUCGCUCCCAACCACGGCCGACGAAGUAUACAACCAGAUUCUAUUCGAUAAUCCCUGUAUCUGCACGCCCGAGGGGGACCGAUAUGCUUGGACAGGGAGCAGGGGUGCCUUCGGGAGGCAAUGG